AUGCGUUCCGAACUCGCUUCCGCCCUCGGUCUCUUGGCCGGCCUGCUUACGGCUGCCGAACCGGUAUCGGCUCGGCCGGACAUCUACGCCCGCUCACAACAGAUUCGACGUCAAAAUUCAGAAUGCGCCGAGGACCUAGCCGACGUCCUGGAUAAUGCGCCAACCACGUCAAUGUCAUGGGGAGCUACGGCUUGCGAUUACACGUCUACACUCUCAGGCUUAGAACUCUCCGUCACCUAUGCCUCAUUCAGGAGUCGCAUGUCUUCUUGGUACAGCGAUGAUCUCGACGACAUCACCAAGCUCGAAGCCAGCUGUACACAGUAUAGUUCUAUCUUUAAUCAAAUUCGGAACUGUUACGUGACUGGAGCCGUCCCGACCGCCGCCACAUCUACAUCAACAACGCCAUCUUCAACCGUAGUUACUACCACGAGCACUGGGGCUGGAGGCAUUACUACGGCAACGGUGACAACGACAUCGACACCCGACAGUGGGAGCGGCAUGGAUGAUGGCGCGAAAGCUGGACUCGCAAUUGGUAUCAUUCUUGCCGUUCUUCUUCUGAUAUUCAUCGGGUACAAGUUCUUCAUGAAAUAUCGUCAAAAGAAGUUAGCCGACGCCGCAGCAACGUCAUCGAAUGCAAAUGUUGGACCAGAGAUGGGAGCUGCAGCCACGGGAGGAGCAUUGGGUGCCGCUGCCCUGGGGAGUAUCAAGUCACGACCGGAGCAGAGCGAAGUGUAUGCAUACAAAUCGGAACUGAGCGGAGAGUCGAGGCCAAUGUCCGAACUCGAUCCACGGCCGAUAUCCGAGCUCGACCCAGCAGCAGCCGUUGCCGCCAGCGGGGCCACCGGCGUCCAUCGACAUGUCGCGGAGCUGGACCCUGAUCCCCCAACCCAGCUGAGUGAGCUGCCGGCGGACAAUUAUGACCCAACCGCCACAACGAAUUCGCCUCCCCCGGCAUACGUCUCUCCGAUGUCUCGCAGAGCGCCGACGGUAGUGUCACAGGAGUGA